AUGAACAGCAAAAGAACAUCAGCACCACAAAGAAAACAGUGGUGUAGGCAGCAGCUUAUCAGAUACGAGCACCACCAAAAAUUGAAACCAAUUAUCCUGAAAAACGCGUCAGUCGUGAGAACCUUAAGUAAGAAACCGAUAAAACCGAAACCCAAGGCCGCUGCAGUUGGAGUUGAAUUCAGUCCCAUUCCCGGGCUUAAUGUUGAACAAUAUAAAAGGUUGCUGCAACAGUUAAGCAGUGAAACUAAGCAUGAGGCUAGCUGGAACCAUACAGGUUCAAAUCCUUUUGACAAUACUUAUGAUAAUGAGACAGCUGCCAUUCUUGAUACUGCUGAUCAUGCGCCUGUUGUUGAUCAGCCGGUUCCAAACAGCACUUCGAGUGUUUCUGCUAGCCCACAACACAGCCCAGACAGGACGUCUUCUACCGAUGGGUCAACAUUAUCCCAAACAAGUCAAUCUGAUAUUGACCCAGCCCGUCAUCCAACCCAAAACACUCGUCCUGAGCGAACUCGAACCAAACCUGCACGAUUGCAAGAAUUUGAAGUCGAAUUACCACCUUCCAUUGACCAUUCUCACUCCCAUGUCAACACGGCUUCUUCAACGAUAAAUGAAUUAGAGAGCAUGUUGGAACGAGAAGUGAAGAAACGGGAGGAAAUAGAAGCCAAUUUUGAUAGUGAGAUAAAAGGUGUGGAAUCCACGAGCUGCUAAUUAAGAAGGAAGUCUCUGUUGGUUGUUGACAAUAUUUGACUAUGGAUUGAAAUUUAUAGGUUUAAUGUAUG